AGCCCACUUUCCCCAGUACUCUACUCACCCACCCACUCACGGACUCAUCUACUGAGCAGCGCGGUGGGCAUCCGAGCGAGAGGGCGAGCGCGGAAGGAUCGGAAUUCCGAAGGUUGGGCAUGGAGGCGAGCGGCGAGAAGGCUGCGGUGGUGCGACGGCUGAUGGAGGCGAAGGAGGUGUCCGGGAAGACCUUCUCGGGAAUCGCCGCCGAGACGGGUCUCACCAACGUCUACGUGGCGCAGCUGCUGCGGCGCCAGGCGCAGCUCAAGGCCGACACGGUGCCCGCGCUGAGGGCGGCCCUGCCCACGCUCACGGACGACCUCAUCGAACUCAUGAUGCAGCCGCCCUUCCGGUCCUACCACCCCAACAUCGUCCACGAGCCCGCCAUUUACAGAUUGAAUGAAGCUGUUAUGCAUUUUGGAGAGAGCAUCAAGGAAAUCAUCAAUGAGGAGUUUGGUGAUGGAAUCAUGUCAGCCAUAGACUUCUAUUGUUCAGUUGACAAGGUUGAAGGGGCCGACGGAAAAGAUCGUGUGGUGGUCACAUUUGAUGGGAAGUAUCUACCUUACACUGAACAGAAAUCUGAACAUAUGAUGUCUAGGCCAACCCGCAAGACAUCUUGAUGUGGCUGGUGAGGAGGAGAAACAUGAUCGUAGUGGUUGGUAUCGGGCUCAGCAAGGAUCGAGCAUGCCAUUUUCUUUGUGUAGUCCAAAUCAUCAACACAAUAAACAGACCUAUAUUGAUGAUAACUGUCAAAAGGAACAUUAAAGUCAAUGUUCUACCUGGCAUGAUUGCUGGACUGUAUUGGAUGAUGCUGAGAUAAAAAGAGAGAAAAAGUGAAACAAACUGGAU